AUGAAUUUUGGAGACACACUUUCCGGAGCUGAAUAUCUGGCGUCCAUCUAUGGGACUGAAAAGGACAAAGUUAACUGCUCCUUCUUCUUCAAAACGGGGGCUUGCCGUCAUGGUGAUAAGUGUUCUCGGGCUCAUCACACCCCCACUUUCUCGCCGACAAUCUUGUUGAAGAAUUUUUAUCACAAUCCAGUUGUUGAUGUGCGACAGGCAGAUGCUUUCGAUAAGGUCGGCAGGAAAAAUGAGGAGGAGCAAAAGUAUUUUGACGAGUUCUAUGAAGAAUAUGGAGAGGUGGAGGAAAUUAAUGUGUGCGAGAAUAUUGGCGAGCACAUGGUCGGUAACGUGUACGUGAAGUUCGUCCGAGAAGAGGAUGCUGACAAGGCGUGUCGUGAUUUAAAUGACAACAGAUGGUACGUUUGCUUACAUCUUACUUAGCC